ACGGGUAGCAGGAAGGCCAAAUGUGUUCAGGGUAAACAUUCCGUAUUUCCUGAAUUGCGAACUGUAAUAUUGUCUAGUAGAACAGCAGCUAGUGUAGUGUAGUUAAUUCUCUUUAAUAAAGCUCAGUUUACAGUAUGGCGAGAAACAUUUCCAUCAGAUUUGAUGAUUAAGGUUAGUAAAUGUUGUGGAUUUAAUCAGACUGCAUUAAACAGUGUAGAGUUGUGUAAUGGCAUUGUCCUUGUCUUUGAGUCGAGCUGCACAUCGUCACUGUGUGCUGCAGUUAAUAACGUGGAGAAAGUCACAGCAGCUUCUGUGUGGAAACCUCAGAAGCUUUGGCACAAAGUCGGAGCGAGAUCGGCCCAUUCCCAAGAUUUACACCAAAACAGGAGACAAAGGAUUUUCCAGCACUUUCACAGGAGAGAGGCGGCCCAAAGAGGAUCGUGUUUUUGAAGCUUUGGGUACGCCCAAUACAAUUUCAGGUCUCUGUUUUUAAAAUUAAUAUUACCCU